AUGAACAACAUGAAAUCGGUGAAGGAAUACGAUGCUGAGAUAAAACAACUCAAGGAGGAGGUGUUCGACCUUAAGACUCAAUUAGCCCAAAACAACAAUGUUAAUGCAACCAAUAUUCCAAAGAUGCUCUAUGAAAACAGUAACGUGGUUGAAGAACUAAAUAAGAAGACAUUCAGACUGGAAAAUGAGAAUAAGCAGCUUAGAGAGAACAUGGAAAUCUACAAAAACAACCUUGGAAUUCUCUGCAAUGAAAAGGCAGAAAUAGAAAACAAACUCAAAGAGACCGAAACAGCAGCUGAUGAGAGAAUAGGACUGUUAGAAGAUGAAAAUAGGAGACUAUUGAACAGACUCAACAAAAUACAGAGCAAUGAAACACAGCUACGAUCAAUAAUUGUUGGAUUAGAGAACGAGGCCAGGUCAAAUGCUUCUUCUAAUGAGUCCAGGUUGCAUGGAUUCCAAUCUGAAAUAUUGAACAUGAGAAAUGAGAAUGAGAUACUCAAAGCCAAGGCAAGUGAUCUCUCACAUCUCAGAAAACAGCUGGAUGAAUACAGUCGAGAGAUGUCACGAUUAGAAGACAGAAACAAUCAGAUUAUAACAGAAAACAACGACCUGAAUAACGAGAUCAAUAAGUUGAAGAUAGAGAAUCAGGGAAUGAAUAAUAGCAAUAUGACUGCAGUUACAAACAACAGAAUGGUGAUCAAUGAUCUAAAUCAGAAGAAUGAGCAACUGAUGAAUGAAAACAGGAAUUUGGUGCUGAAGAUUGAAUCAGCUAAUGAAAAUGUCAAAUUUCUUGAAGAGAAGCUGGCAUCCUACGACAGUGGCACUGAAACAAGGGAAACUGCCCUGAUCAGCCAACUGGUAAAUUAUAAAAAUGGAAUGGUCAAAUUCAGAAGCAUCCUCAACGGAAAACUGGAAGAAAUAAAAAGGAAGCUGAUUGCAGUAGAGAAGGAUGCUGCUGAAACCAAGGCAUGUUGCAAACUAAGUGACGAAUCACUGCGAAUUAUUCAGGAGGAAACUGGACUACGAGAAGACAUCAACAUCAAUAAGUUCAUCAAUGGUCUCAAAAUCAGAAUCAAUGGUCUCCAAUCUGAGUUAUCUGAUACAAUCAAAAGAAACAAGUCACUUGAGAAGACACGAGUGCUUCUGGAACAUGAGAAUAAUGAUAUGGCACAAUUCAAGAGCAUUGGUGACCUGAAAUCACAAAUUGCUGAAGCAAUGGAAGAAUUGGCCUUGUGCCGUGGCUACAUGCAGAAAAAGGCCAAGGAAAACACGGAUCUAAAGAACACCAAUGCCAAAUUAACAGCAGAACACGGCAAAAUCAGAAAACAACUUGAAAAUGCAAGAAAGUUCUACGACGGCGUCACUGCCAAAUACGGAGCCAAUUGCGUACGCAUUUGA